AUGCAGGCCAACGGGGCAGGAGGAGGAGGAGGAGGCGGCGGCGGCGGCGGCGGCGGAGGGGGCGGCGGGGGCCAGGGACAGACCCAGGAACUCGCCUGCCUGUCGGCCCAGAACGGGGAGUCGUCGCCCUCGUCGUCGUCGUCCGCGGGGGACCUGGCCCACGCCAAUGGGCUCCUGCCUUCCGCCCCCUCCGCCGCCAGCAACAAUAGCAACAGCCUGAGUGUCAAUAACGGGGUUCCAGGCGGGGCGGCCGCCGCAGCCUCCGCCACCGUCGCAGCCGCCGCCGCCACCACGGCCGCCUCGGCUGCCUUGGCCACCCCGGACCUGGGCAGCAGCCUCAAGAAGAAGAAGCGGCUCUCGCAGUCAGAUGAGGAUGUCAUUAGGCUAAUAGGACAGCACUUGAAUGGCUUAGGGCUCAACCAGACUGUUGAUCUCCUCAUGCAAGAGUCAGGAUGUCGUUUAGAACAUCCUUCUGCUACCAAAUUCCGAAAUCAUGUCAUGGAAGGAGACUGGGAUAAGGCAGAAAAUGACCUGAAUGAACUAAAGCCUUUAGUGCAUUCUCCUCAUGCUAUUGUGGUAAGAGGCGCACUUGAAAUCUCUCAAACGUUGUUGGGAAUAAUUGUGAGGAUGAAGUUUUUGCUGCUGCAGCAGAAGUACCUGGAAUACCUGGAGGAUGGCAAGGUCCUGGAGGCACUUCAAGUUCUGCGCUGUGAAUUGACGCCACUGAAAUACAAUACAGAGCGCAUUCAUGUUCUUAGUGGGUAUUUGAUGUGUAGCCAUGCAGAAGACCUACGUGCAAAAGCAGAAUGGGAAGGCAAAGGGACAGCUUCCCGAUCCAAACUAUUGGACAAACUUCAGACCUAUUUACCACCAUCAGUGAUGCUUCCCCCACGGCGUUUACAGACUCUGCUGCGGCAGGCGGUGGAACUGCAGAGGGAUCGGUGCCUGUAUCACAAUACCAAACUCGACAGCAGCCUAGAUUCUGUGUCUCUACUUAUAGAUCAUGUUUGUAGCAGGAGGCAAUUCCCAUGUUAUACUCAGCAGAUUCUCACGGAGCAUUGUAAUGAAGUAUGGUUCUGUAAAUUCUCUAAUGAUGGCACUAAACUAGCAACAGGAUCAAAAGAUACAACUGUUAUCAUAUGGCAGGUUGAUCCGGAUACACAUCUGCUAAAAUUGCUUAAAACUUUAGAAGGACAUGCUUAUGGUGUUUCUUAUAUUGCGUGGAGUCCAGAUGACAACUAUCUUGUUGCUUGUGGCCCAGAUGACUGCUCUGAACUUUGGCUUUGGAAUGUACAAACAGGAGAACUAAGGACAAAAAUGAGCCAGUCUCAUGAAGACAGCUUAACAAGUGUGGCUUGGAACCCAGAUGGAAAACGCUUUGUGACUGGAGGCCAGCGUGGGCAGUUCUAUCAGUGUGAUUUAGAUGGUAACCUCCUCGACUCCUGGGAAGGGGUGAGAGUGCAAUGCCUUUGGUGCUUGAGUGACGGGAAGACUGUUCUGGCAUCAGAUACACACCAGCGGAUUCGAGGAUACAACUUCGAGGACCUUACAGAUAGGAACAUAGUACAAGAAGAUCAUCCUAUUAUGUCUUUCACUAUUUCAAAAAAUGGCCGAUUAGCUUUGUUAAAUGUAGCAACUCAGGGAGUUCAUUUAUGGGACUUACAAGACAGAGUUUUAGUAAGAAAGUAUCAAGGUGUUACACAAGGGUUUUAUACAAUUCAUUCAUGUUUUGGAGGCCAUAAUGAAGACUUCAUCGCCAGUGGCAGUGAAGAUCACAAGGUUUACAUCUGGCACAAGCGUAGUGAACUGCCGAUUGCGGAGCUGACAGGGCACACGCGUACAGUGAACUGUGUGAGCUGGAACCCACAGAUUCCAUCCAUGAUGGCCAGCGCCUCAGAUGACGGCACUGUUAGAAUAUGGGGACCAGCGCCUUUUAUAGACCACCAGAAUAUUGAAGAGGAAUGCAGUAGCAUGGAUAGUUGAUGGCGAAUCUGGAGCAGACGACUUCUGUUUAACUUAAAUUAGUCGUAUUUUAAUGGCUUGGGAUUUGGUGCAAACAGACAUGAUUGAUAGCUGGACAGACAUGCUCGUCAUGAAAAAAAAAAAAAGAACCAUUUCUGAAGCCCGAUUGGGGCCAAACAUUUACACCUUGCUUCAUAGUAACCAGUUGAGAUGAAGCACGUCGUUAGAACGUUCUUGGACACCAUGUUGAAUUAUCCCCCGUCGGUUGUGAAGAACUGUGCUACAUUCAGGCUUACCCAUUGAACUCAGUAUAUAUAUUUUUUUCCCACCUGCCUUUUGUCUGGCAGGAUACCAUUCUUGUUGCUCUUCUGUGUAAUGAAGUUUAAAUGCUUGUUUGGAAAACUUUAUUUAACAGUUUAGAAGGCUUGAUAGAAAGAGUGCAUUAGUCUGAAGAGUAUACAUUGGAUAGGAAAGAAUUUCCUUUUGUUUCUCCAAAUCUUUCCGCCUUAUUUAGCUUGAGAUCUUUGCAGCUUGGUUCAUGGAUUCUAGCCUUGCCCGUUGCGCAGUAUAUACUGAUCCAGAUGAUAAACCAGUGAACUAUGUCAAAAGCACUCUCAAUAUUACAUUUGACAAAAAGUUUUGUACUUUUCACAUAGCUUGUUGCCCCGUAAAAGGGUUAACAGCACAAUUUUUUAAAAAUAAAUUAAGAAGUAUUUAUAGGAUUAAAGUGACUUCAUUUGUAUACAUUUGGAAUCUAAACCAGCUUAAAACAGUUUCCUCUGUGACUUAGAUACUCAGUAUAACUGAUGCUCUUCUGGAAUACCACCUGAGAAACGGUCAGAGACAGUGCUUGGAGGGACAUUCAUUACACAGGAAAUCAGUAAUACUUGGAAGGCUUUCCCCCUUUUUUUUAAUUCCUGGAGGAACAUCAGUACCUGAUCUUGAAGAAAUUCAAGACUCAAAAAUAAAAUUUUAAAUAUACCAACAUGAGAGAUCAGUAGUGAGUUUAGGUUUUUAACGAAACUUACUCCAAGUCGUUCUCAACUUGGAAAGUCAUUUUGGUGUGAUCUAGCAAGUGUAGCAAUCAGCAGGUAUAAUAACCACUUUGGAAGAAAGUUUAUAGUAUAAUUAAGAUGGUUAGAAGAAUUCAGCAGGUUUACAAACAUACUUAAACUGGGAUUAAAACCUCACACUCAUUUCUCUUAAUUGCCCUUAAUAAUUUGCCAUAGGGAUACAUAAACUUAAAGAAUUUUCCUUUCUAGUUUUUCUGAUAUUGCCAUACGGAACCUCACUCUAAACUGGUGCUGCAGAUAGUCUUUGCCCAUCCCCUCCCUGUUUAGUUUAAGGAAAGGUUCCUUCAUGGAAAAGCACUUUUAAUUUUCAAGAAGUUCAUACUUAGAGUAAGCCAAACGCCUGACGGCCACGCUGUGUUUAGAGGCCCCAUCGUUGCAGCACACCAUGUGCUGGGUCUCCUGUGGAAUUCUCUCCCCUUUUCAGUCAGGGGAACCACAGCUGUUAGGCUGAGAAGAAGAGUUGGGGAUACCUCCAAAAUAAGAUUCUCGUGAACAAAAAGUCUUGUACUGAAUUCCCUUUAUGCCUAGCCAAGUCGAUACUAUAUUAUUACCAAGAGUAGGCUCCUUCAGGAUCCACAAAGAAAAGAAAGGCUUGGACAUUAGGAAGUCUUCCCUUGUGGUGGGUGGGGGUAGGAGAUGGCAGAAGCAGGGGGAAAGUCACAUGGAAGGGGAGAAGAAAGGAAAACACACUUGGCCUUAAAAUAGCAUGCAUUCUCCCAAAAGCCCACAGUGAGAGGAGAUGACAGUUCGUGAUCAGCAGAUUUUAUCAAAUUGGUGUAUACUAUGGUUUCUUUAAGCUCCAUUUUGCUGAGACCACCACUUAGAGAAUCAAAGAAUUCUGUUUUGAUACUUCUAAGUUAAAAAAAUUAUGUUACCGUUUAUCUGGUACUUCAUUUUUUCUUAACUAGAGUUACUUUUUACUUUAAGCUUGAAUAAAAAUCUUCAUUGGUAACUGUAUAUAAUUAAGUGGCAACUUCUCUUUACCUCAGUACAGUUAAAACCAUAUUUUAGGUGUUUCAUGCAUACCUUGAAGCCAUUAAUACACCCCAGUCUCUACACAAAAUGUGGGCAUAGGAACUCCACUGCUGUUGACAAGUUUGGUUACACUGUGCCAUGAUGCAUCUGUAACAUUGGCUGAGAUUGGUGCCGUUCAGGGGCGAUUUAGCACUCAGAUUCUACUGCUUCACCCAGCUCCUCCUAGAUCUGAGUUUUCAGAGUGCUUCUGAAGUACAGUUAAACACUUCAAAAAAGUGGAGUAAAAGUGAGGCACAUUUUACAAGAACAUAGCUCCUGUUAAAAUGGAGUAACAACUAUGCAAAGGUUUCUAUAGCAGCUAGGUGAGUUUGUUUUUCAGGUGUGUCUUAACUGGCAGCUUCCAUAUAUCCUGGUACUCUGCUGUGCCAAUUUGCUGUACAUGUCUAUUUUGUACAUUUGCCAUGCAGUAACUGUGCUGGAAAGGUGAAAUAAAUGGUGAAGAAACCUAGGGUUUUAUGAUUAAAAACCUGGUGGCAGGACAUUCUAAUUUCUGGUAGUGCUAUAGACUAUAUAGGAGGCUUAAUCUGAGAAUACUAUCAAGCAGCCACAAGAUGCUAACAAAUGAAUAAACUGAAAAGUACCAAUACUUUUUGCACAUAGAUCAAAACAGAAUGGAGAAUUUUGGCUCCAAAAAUCAGGUUAGUAGGCUUAUUUUCCAUGUGCUUAAAAAUGUUUUUGUUAUGCAUUUAAGGGCUAGAGCAAGUAUGAAAUUAAAUGUCUUUUUCUUCCGAAUAGUUGGUUAUCAAUGGUUAACUGCUGGAUUUGGGGUUCUGGGAUUGGUGUAUGGGUGGUAAUAAAGAAUCACAGUGGGUGCUAGUUGGGAGGAAUGAGGAAGCCUCAGUUUCAGUUUCUGUAUUCAAGCUAGCUACAUUUUCUGUUGCUCUUACCACAUUAUGUAUUAAAUUAAACCAGGUAAGUAGUUUAAAUACAGGAAAUUUUAUUUGCAAAUGUCCUCUUAACUUAAAUUGGCCCAUUUUAAUGGGUGGGAGAACAGAAAGGGAGUCCCUAGCUUUAAUUAAAAUAACCUGCUAGUUGAAAAAAGUCCAGUAUUAAUCUGAAAAAACACAAAUAGUAACAUGGUGAAUUUUAUUAUGAGGAGUGUUCUGCCUCUAGAGUGGCAACCGUGACAUUAAUAGAAAAUCCUUCUUUCCCACCCUUCCCCGUCUUGAAAUUUUCUCUUUUAGGAUGUUGUUUCCUGCAAACAAGAACUGACCCUAUCACCUCUGCCUCACAGUGUGUACAUAUAUCGUACAUCUCUUGAAAGGGAAAGUGCCCGAGUCAGUUUCUUUCACAGCAGAAGAAUGGCUGCUUUUGAAUGGGGAGGAAAGAAGACAUUUUCCUUAAUAUCCUUUUUGUCCCAUCUCUCAAAAUGUAUAAAUACUAUGAUUUAGUUUUACUUGAGUUUCUCAUGGAGACUUGAGCAACUCCACCAUUUUAGAAACCGAAACUGAUUGAAUAUAAACUGCUAACUUUAAAAGAAGAGGUGAAUUUGCAUUUAUACUUAAGACACUUUCUAAAUACAGGGUUAACUUAAUUGAAAUUUCUCAGUGUUGGUUGUUAAGCUACUGUUAAAGUAGCUGCCCCAUAGUUGCAAAAGCAAAAACCAUAAAAACCCAUCCCCUGUCUACUUAAUCCAGAUAGCCUGGACUUAAUGAAACUAACUGUAUCAAAAUGUGUGUAUGUUGUGUGUGAGUGAGAGAGAGAGAGAGAGAGAGAUUGUAUAAAGUCCUGGAAACAGCUGUUCUAGGUUUUUGUCGAUUUUACUAAAAGUUCUGUACACAUGUGAAGUGCCCUCUCUGAGUUGGUUUGGUUGAUACUGGUAUAUUUUUUUAUAAGACUGAAAUUGUGUCCCCCAUCUUUAACUUAAAACAUUCUUCAUUGUUAGGGUCAAUGUACUAGAACUGAAUCAUAACAUUUUUAGGCACAGAUGGAAAAAAAUGUUAUUGGCUCUUUGAAAAUGUGUGUGUGGUAAGGAGGAUAGAUAUUCACAAAAGCAACUGUACUUACAAACCAAGCUGUAGAGAUCAAGAACAGAACUUAAGUGGAUGAUCUCAAGAUUUCUAAAUUGUCAAGAUUUCCAUGGCAUUGUGGUGGAACUAGUUAACACUUAGAGCUUUGGUAUGUAAUAACUAUGUGCUAUGGACUGAUUAAACGUUUCAAAGGAUUGUGUUCUUGAAUUUUGGGGUUCUGUUUCUUAACUGCCUCUCAGAUUAUAUUUAGUCAUUUAAAUUUAUUAUUUCAUUAAAGUAUAAAAACUUCA